AUGUCCCUUCUCGCGUCGCAUCUUGACCAAAUUGGCUAUUCAUCCCAAGGGAUCGAUUCCCUCCACUUCCCUCCUCCGAAGAUGUUCACCAACGCGCUCCUGGCCAACCACGAGAUCACGUCUCUGAUCCGCGACACGGAAUCGCACGAGCGCGCACUAUUCUCCGUACCCGCCCCGCCUCCGGCACCGACGACGAAGCCCACGCACCAGCUAGACGCGGCGGGCGACCCAUCGGGGCGCAACAGCAAGCGUCGUCGGACCGUCUUCAACGUAGCCUCGGGCGAGGUGACGACGGGAGGAGGCUCCUCGUCCGCGCGGCUCGGCGGCGGCAGCGUGCCUCCCCCUCGACGUCAGGCGGCCGUGGCGGCCGUCCUGGGCGGAGAGAUGCACGAGAAGCUGAUGAGGAGGGGGGGCGCGACGGCCGGAUCGGGACGGGACGUCGACGUCGACGUCGACGUCCUGCUGCGGGGCGCCGAGAAGCUGUGCGGCGUGUACGAGCUACCCGGGGCGAGGGAGCGGAUAGGUCAGCUCAGGGCGAGGAACAGGGCUGCCAGGUCGACCAUGGCCUAUUACGAGACCAAGGUGGCCGAGCAGGCCGAGAGGCUGGCUAGCUAUAACAAGGAUUGGAUGGAUGGCAACGACGACGACGACGAUGGUGAUGAUGAGAAAGAAGACGAAGAUGAACAAGACGUCUGGACUGAGCAGGAUCUCAGGACGGAGGAGGAGGAGGCUAGAGAGCUGGAAGGGAAGAAGAGGGAGCUGCAGGCUAGACUGAGGGCUAUGGAGAAGGAUAUCGGGGGUUUGAUGAGUAUGUAG